AUGAGGUUGACUUAUCAUAAGGACCUUUCUGUCAAUAUAGCAUCCUUCUAUCUAAGAACCACAGGUUUUUGGUUAGCCACUAGUCGUAGAGAACAAUUGUUCAGGAACGCUACUAUUUUAUAUACCGCCAUCCUUGUCGCCUACAUCUUGGGGACUGAAGUGAGGGAUCUCUACUUCUCUUUCGAAGACUAUGUCGUGAAAAAUUUUGGAAGGAACGAAUCAGACAGGGAAUUGCUAUUUAAUUUGUGGGUGGACUUUCCAUUGUCUAUGUCACCAUAUUUUGAAAUUCUGUUCACUUCACAGGCUUUGGGUCUAUAUCAAUGCGGAGUAUGUUAUCUUUGCUUCGAUAAUAUGUUCUGCAUUAUGUGCUUUCACGUGGGCGGGCAAUUUCGUGUAUUACAGUAUAGAAUAAACAAAAUGUUAAGUCUGGAGAAGGAAAGAAAUUUUAACGGAGAUAAAAACACGUAUACCUCGGACAAAUAUUAUGCGAUAUUCAAAAAUUGUAUUGAACAGCAUAAGGCCCUCAUUGUCUUUUGUGACACGCUCGAAGUAAUAUUUACUGAAAUUGUAUUGGAACAAGUGAUCAUAUUUGGCAUAUUAAUUUGUUUCAUCGGAUUUCAAUUGGUUUUGGUGGACCUGGUUGAUUCGUAUAAAAAUGGCUUCGUAGCUUUCAUCCUCUGCAUCAUGUGUCAACUAUUCAUGUUCACGUAUAGUUGCGAUUUCGUAACGCAAGAAAGCAUGAAUGUUUCGUCGGCCAUUUACACAAUACCGUGGACAGAUCUACCAAUGGAUAAAUAUGGAAAAAUGAUACGAAGAGAUUUUCAAUUCGUUAUCACGCGGUCCCGACGGGCGUGUUGUUUGACCGCCUGUGGUUUCUUUCCUAUAUCCCUUGAGACUUAUAUUAGGAUCAUGAGUACAGCAGUAUCAUAUUUCACCAUACUGAGGCAAACUAACAUGGAUGCAGAAGAGAAUUAA